UCUGUGGGAUGGAAACGCCUUCUCCUGGGCAAAGGGCGACCAAGACUCCGGCGGGGGAGAGCCGUGGGCCCUCGGGAGGAGGCCUGGGGACGAGACUCACCGGAAGAGAGAGAGAGAGAGAGAGAGCCUGCGGGCCUGAGUUCGGCCUCUUCACCGUCCCGGACUGGGCAGCAGCAGCAGCAGCCCCAGAGGGUCUGCCCGGAGACGGGUGACGCUGCGGCAGGAGCCCGAUUCCUAUUGGCGGGUCCCUAGAAUGACCGUUAACGGCCGGGGAACAAAAAGGGCCGGGGGAGAGUCUGCCCGGAGACCGAUGACGUCAGAGAGGAAGGCGGGUUCCCAUUGGAGGAAAAGAAAGGAGGUGCGUCUCUGCCUGUCUGUGUCGGGCUCCGUUCAAGUGCCGCGAAGCCCCGCCCCUCUGUGGGCAUCCUGCCCGCGGCUGCCAUGUUAGGUCCGGGCGGGAGUCCACCGAGGAAGGGAGGCCUCUUCCUAGAGAGGCUGAGGACGCGAGAGGGCGGGUGAGCGCACUUGGGGAGGAGGAGGAGAGAGCGAGCGAGACCAAGGAGGGGGAGGGGGUGAGUGUGGUCCCCGAGUUUGCCCCCUCCCUCCCCCCCUCCCUCCCCCCCCUCUCCGGCCUGAACCCUCCCCCUUAUUUAUUGGUUUACACUGUUUUAAUUCCUUUUAAUUUGCCUUUUGUUUUGUAUUGUUAUAUUGUGUGUUGAGGCCUUGGCCUUUGUCAGUCCUUCGGGAGAUGCUAGCGGGGUACAAAUAAAGUUUAAUAAUAAUAAUAAUAAAAUAAUUAUAUAGCAGACCUGUAAUAUUCCAUAUUCAAAACAAUUCUAAUUCUAAAUCUCACCGGGAGAGAGAGAGAGAGAGAGAGAGAGCCUGCGGGCCUGAGUUCGGCCUCUUCACCGUCCCGGACUGGGCAGCAGCAGCAGCAGCCCCAGAGGGUCUGCCCGGAGACGGGUGACGCUGCGGCAGGAGCCCGAUUCCUAUUGGCGGGUCCCUAGAAUGACCGUUAACGGCCGAACGGGGAACAAAAAGGGCCGGGGGAGAGUCUGCCCGGAGACCGAUGACGUCAGAGAGGAAGGCGGGUUCCCAUUGGAGGAAAAGAAAGGAGGUGCGUCUCUGCCUGUCUGUGUCGGGCUCCGUUCAAGUGCCGCGAAGCCCCGCCCCUCUGUGGGCAUCCUGCCGACGUCUGCCAUGUUGGGCCCGGGCGGAAGUCCACCGAGGAAGGGAAGCCUCUUCCUAGAGAGGCUGAGGACGAGUUUGGGCGGGUGAGCGCACUUCCGGAGGAGGAGGAGGAGAGAGCGAGCGAGUGCGGGAGACAAAGGAAGAAGAGAGCGGAGGAGGGGUAACCUCUGAAUGAACCUUGUGAAGAACACUUUGCCCUUUGCCUUAGGUGUGAAAUGAAAGAACACAGCACAGACAAGAACAAGAAAUAAGUUGGAAAAAUUAUAUCUCAAGCUAAACAGCUGUGUAUUCGAGAAGGAAAGGGAGCAUUAUGCUGUAAUAAGAGGAGCUUGGUGAAGAGGAAAGAAGAUUACAGCAAUACAAAGACUGAGAAGAGGAAAUCUUGUCCUGUUCAGGAGUACAUAUCUGUGAACUUCUGUCAUAAUAUUUGAAUCAUAAAAGAAUGGAAAAUCUCAAUUCCUUGUCAAAAUCAUACACAGGGGAGAAACCACAUAAAUGUGUGGAAUGUGGAAAGAGCUUCAGUCAGAGUGGACAUUUGCGUAUCCAUCGAAGGAUCCAUACAGGGGAAAAACCUCAUAAAUGCAUGGAAUGUGGAAAGAGUUUCAGUCAGAGUGCAAGUCUGUGUGCCCAUCAAAAGAUCCACACGGGGGAAAAACCACAUAGCUGCUUGGAAUGUGGAAAGAGCUUCAGUCACAGUGCAAGUCUUCAUGCCCAUCAAAGGACCCACACAGGGGAGAAGCCACAUAAAUGCAUGGAAUGUGGAAAGAGCUUCAGUGAGAGUGGAAAGUUACGCUCCCAUCAAAGGACCCACACAGGAGAGAAGCCACAUAAAUGCAUGGAAUGUGGAAUAACCUUCAGUCAGAGUGGACAUUUACGCUCCCAUCAAAGGACCCACACAGGGGAGAAGCCACAUAAAUGCAUGGAAUGUGGAAAGAGCUUCAGUCAGAGUGGAGAUCUGCGUACCCAUCAAAGGACCCACACAGGGGAGAAGCCACAUAAAUGCAUGGAAUGUGGAAAGAGUUUCAGUCAGAGUGGAAGUCUGCGUACCCAUCAAAGGACUCAUACAGGGGAGAAACCACAUAAAUGCAUGGAAUGUGGAAAGUGCUUCAUUGAGAGUGGAAAACUGCGUUCCCAUCAAAGGACCCACACAGGAGAGAAGCCACAUAAAUGCUUGGAAUGUGGAAAGUGCUUCAGUGACAGUACGAAUCUGCGUAACCAUCAAAGGACCCACACAGGGGAGAAGCCACAUAAAUGCAUGGAAUGUGGAAAGAGCUUCAGUCAGAGUGGACAUUUGCAUAUCCAUCAAAGGACCCAUACAGAGGAGAAGCCACAUAAAUGCAUUAAAUGUGGAAAGAGCUUCAGUUACAGUUGCAGUCUGCGUUCCCAUCAAAGGACCCACACAGGGGAGAAGCCUUAUAAAUGCAUGGAAUGUGGAAAGAGCUUCAGUCAGAGUGGAGAUUUGCGUAUCCAUCAAAGGACCCACACAGGGGAGAAGCCACAUAAAUGCAUUGAAUGUGGAAAGAGCUUUAGUUACAGUUGCAGUCUGCGUUCCCAUCAAAGGACCCACACAGGGGAGAAGCCACAUAAAUGCAUGGAAUGUGGAAAGAGCUUCAGUCAGAGUGGACAUUUUCGUAUCCAUCAAAGGACCCACACAGGGGAGAAGCCACAUAAAUGCAUUGAAUGUGGAAAGAGCUUUAGUUACAGUUGCAGUCUGCGUUCCCAUCAAAGGACCCACACAGGGGAGAAGCCACAUAAAUGCAUGGAAUGUGGAAAGAGCUUCAGUCAGAGUGGAGAUCUGCGUAUCCAUCAAAGGACCCACACAGGGGAGAAGCCACAUAAAUGCAUUGAAUGUGGAAAGAGCUUCAGUAACAGUUGGAGUAUGCAUAUCCAUCAAAGGACCCACACAGGGGAGAAGCCUCAUAAAUGCAUGGAAUGUGGAAAGAGCUUCAGUCACAGUGGGAAUCUGCGUGCCCAUCAAAGGACCCACACAGGAGAGAAGCCACAUAAAUGCAUGGAAUGUGGAAAGAGCUUCAGUCAGAGUGGACAUUUGCGUAUCCAUCAAAGGAGCCACACAGGGGAGAAGUCACAUAAAUUCAUGGAAUAUGGAAAGAGCUUCACAAAGGUUCACAGUGCAUUGGACAUCAAAGAACACAGCUAGAAAAGACCUGCCUUUAUGUUUCGUAGUUCUGCUAAAAAAUCUCCCCAAUCACGGGUCCCAGGCAGAAAAAAUGGGAGAAUGGACAGAAAAAGCAAGGCUGCCACCUUGCUCUCUAUCUGUCAUGUACAGAACUUUGUUUUUUUCUGGCUUGACUGAUUCUGGCAGCAGGUCUCCCAUAGAGAAGGAUUUUUCUCAGUAUUGCAACCACCUUGGAUGGGGUUAACCUGACCUUUUCCGCCUCAAGAAAAGCAUCACACUCUCCUGGGAUGAUCUGUGAAGGCUUUCUGAAAUGAGCAGCAGCUGAGAUCUCAUGACAAAAGAGUUUUCGAAAAGAAUUGCUCUUUUGUAACAUAUAACGUCAUGCAUCUUGCCCUGGAUCUUGGCUCUGCUGCCCCUCGAAUAGAAUUCUUGACUCUGGCCUUGUUCCUAUAAUCCUGUUCUGUACUCUUGUACCCUGAAUCGUUGACUUUAAAUUCUGUACUGACUGCUUGGCUUGAUUUAUGGACUUGGACUUCAGUUUGUACCCCUGCAAACUGAUUGAACUGUUUUUACUGUUAUUUUAUGAUACUGUUUUUAUUAUGUUAGUUUGUUCAUGACAUUUUAUGUUGUUUUGACAACUGACUGUUUUGUACAUGCUGGAAACAGCCCUGAGGCUUUCGAGGAGAUGGAGCAGUAUAUAAAUAAAGGUUUAUUAUAUAUGAUUAUUUAUUAUUACAUCUGGACUGUGACCUUGGCCAAUCUUUGUGUAUUUGUAAAUUGUGUGGUCAUAUUUUUAAUUGUAAGCCGCUUUGGGUUAUAAAUAAACAUAAUGAUAAUAAUGAUGAUGAUAAUGAUUAAUAAUAAUAAUAAUAAUAAUAAUAAUAAUGCCUUCUUAUAGUAAACCCCCUGUAGUAAUUGAGACUGUUUAGUCAUUACCAUUGGCAAAAUGUUCAUUAGGAUACACAGCAUCUCUCCCUAAUUGUAGAGAAUGGAAGACAAAGAAUGAUGACAUCGGCAGAUGAAGAUUCUUGAAUCUGUUGAGAUAGACAAUUUAACUAAGCUGAUGAAGGAAAAUAAUUGUAUAACUACACGUAAGAUUGGGACCUUCUAAUUUACUAGUUAUAAUAAUGAGGGGGCAUUUGUUUGUUGUGGCUUUUAGGAAUUAGUUUAAUAUAAUUUAAAAUGGAAGAGUAAAUAUAGAACAACAUUUGAAGUAAGUAAACAGAGAUAAGAACCAGCAUGCAGCAAGAGUUUUGUAGAUUCAUUUUUCUAUUAGUUUUGUUCUUAUGUAGGUAUGUGUUGUGAGUCUUUUAUGUUUCUUAAGUAGUUCUUUUCAUAAAAAGAAUGCCAAAAUCGUUAUUUGUAUAAGCAUGCUUUUGUUUUUCUUUCUUGUCUUUGAAUAUAAAUUCUUUUUUUUAAAACAGAGUGUGAUGUGGCAGCUAUAAAUGCCAAUGUGAUUCUAGGCUGUACCAAUAGGAGCAUAGUUUCUGUAUCCAAGGAAGUCACAGCCCCCUUUCUUCUGCUUUGGCCAGACCUCACCUGGAAUAACCCUGUCUCUGUUUUUCAGUAGCACAACUCAAGAUGGAUAUUGACAAGCUAGAAUAUCUCCAGAGAUGGGCUGUAGGGAAUGGCUGAGAGAGCUGGGUAUGUUUAGCUUCGAGUAAAGAAGGAAGGGCUUCUCCCUUGGCAGGGAGGGAGGAGUAGGCCAUCAAAUGUUUGUUUGGGUGAAUAAGACCCCCUGACUGUCAGGUAUAAAAGGAUGUAAUAGAUAAGAGUGCAUUACACAUACCUCCAGUGUGGAAAAAUACAGUUCUCGAUAGACAUGUGUUCGCAGCACAGUACUCUAAAGGGUUAAGGAAACAGAGAAGAUGAUCCUAGAGGGACAGCUGAGGCAUUUCCUGUCCUCUGGAGGGAAGCAUGGGAGGGGCUUGUAUGUGCACGACUCUCUGCCACAUGCGGCUUGAUAUCUGCUAGUUGUUAGAGGCCUUGCCACAGUUUUCUGCAGAUGUAAUCCAUCGUCAUCCUUGUUGUAUGAAGUUCUCAUUGUGUUUGUAUCUUUGUAUAUUAAGAAAAGACCUGUAAAUAGUUAUCAGUAGUGAAUAAAUCAAGAAUAAAACCUCCAAGGAUUUUGGAUGAAA